AUGAUUGCAGUGAUAGACACAGGGUAUCUGAUAGAAAGACAGCUUCCGGCAGAGGGGCAGAUUAAGGGGUAUGUUACGGAUUCUGUUGUAAAUGAGCUCAAGACGGUGGGAUCGAGGGAAUACCUCGAGUUUUUCUCCUUCAUGAUAGAAGUGAGGAAUCCUUCCGAGGAGUAUGUUGCUAGAGUCAAAAACGACCUGAGGAGAGAAGUAAACAGCCUGAGUGAUACAGACAUCGAUGUUGUGGCAUUGACACUGGAGUUGAAAGAUGAGAUCUCUGAAAUGUGGGUAGGGCCAAAUAAUCCCGAGCAAGAGGAGGUUGUCUGCCUUACAAAUGACAAUGGGAUUAAAAAUGCUCUAUCUCGGUACAGCUCGUAUGAAGGCCCUGGGUUUUCGACUAGGAAAUACAAGACUAGAUGCUACGGAUGCUUUAGUGUUUUUUCGGAGAAUCUGGACUUCUGUAAGAAGUGCGGGCUUCGGACACUGACAAGAAUAACAGUUGCAGACACAGAAAACGGCGAGGUGAUGUUCUUCAAGAAAGGAUAUCAGUACAAGAAACCAAAAACAUUGAAGAAUGCUCGGGGCGUUGAACUUCGUAGUGCAGGCCAAAGAGAGUACAUCCAACACCAGAAAAUGAUGAAAAGUAAAAUGAAUAGAAGUCAUAAAGAAAUAGGAUUCUAG